AUGCCAAGCUACAAACUCAUUUAUUUUAAUAUGAGGGGGAGAGCAGAAAUUAUUCGUUACAUAUUUGCAUAUUUGGACAUAAAGUAUGAAGAUCACAGAAUAGAACAAGCUGAUUGGCCUAAAAUCAAACCAACUCUUCCAUUUCGCAAAAUCCCCAUUUUGGAAGUUGAUGGACUUAAUCUUCACCAGAGCUUAGCAAUAGCAAGAUACUUGACCAAAAAUACAGAUUUGGCUGGAAAAACAGAACUGGAACAAUGUCAAGUGGAUGCUAUUGUGGAUACAUUGGAUGAUUUCAUGUCACGAUUUCCUUGGGCCGAGAAAAAACAAGAUAUAAAAGAGCAGAUGUUUAAUGAGCUACUUACAUACGAUGCACCCCAUCUUCUACAAGAUUUGGAUACUUUCUUAGGGGAAAGAGAGUGGUUCAUUGGUAACUCUGUAACUUGGGCAGAUUUCUACUGGGAAAUUUGCAGCACUACCCUUUUGGCCUUAAAAGCUGACUUGUUGGACAUCCAUCCCAGGCUGGUGGCAUUACGGAAGAAAGUCCAGGCCAUCCCUGCCAUUGCUGACUGGAUACAACGAAGGCCCCACACCAGACUCUAG